AUGGCAGAAAGCUCUGGCAAUGCAGAAGCAGCGCCUCCUGGGAUCCGUGAAGCAUGUGAACUUGUGAUGGUUGAAGAAGAGAAGAUUAGGGCUGAUAACGGUAACCGGAGUUUCGGAGGGAACCGAUGGCCUCGGCAAGAGACUUUGGCUUUAUUGAAGAUCCGUUCUGAUAUGGAUUCCGAUUUCCGGGACUCCACCCUCAAGGGUCCAUUAUGGGAAGAGGUUUCCAGGAAAUUAGCUGAGCUUGGUUAUCAUCGAAGUGCCAAGAAAUGCAAGGAGAAAUUUGAGAAUGUUUACAAGUACCACCGGAGGACCAAAGAUGGUCGAACAGGCAAGGCCGAUGGUAAGACUUAUCGGUUCUUCGAUCAAUUAGAAGCCCUUGAAAAUCUUCACUCACUUUCGGUUUCGCCUCCAAAAAUAAACCCUACUAAUGCACCUCAAGUUGAUCAUAAGCAGUCUAUGAAUCCUUCUUCCAAUAAUCUCCAAUCUUCUUUCCAUAGCUUUUUAUCCACUUCUACCUCUUCUUCAACCGCCUCGGACGAUAAUUCGGUUCAAGGGAGCAGUAAGAAGAAGAGCAAAUGGAAGGCGUUUUUCAGGAGGUUGACAAAGGAGGUGAUCGAGAAGCAAGAGCAGCUUCAAAACAAGUUCCUGCAAUCCAUUGAGAGAUGCGAACUGGAAAGAUUGGCUCGGGAAGAAGAUUGGAGGAUUCAAGAACUGGCGCAGAUCAAUAGGGAACACGAGAUUUUAGUUCAGGAACGGUCGAUGGCAGCUGCUAAAGAUGCUGCACUGAUAGCGUUCUUGCAAAAGGUGACCGGACAGAAACCAAGCGUGCUGCAAUUGCGACCGCAAGAAAAUCCCGAACCGCCGCCGCCGCUUCAGCAGACGGCGCCGCCAACUCAAACCUCGAAUAAUAACGAUAAUGUCGUUUCAUCGAGUUCUUCACGAUGGCCAAAAGACGAAGUUGAAGCUCUUAUAAAGAUCAGGAUAAACCUUGAAAUUAAAUACCAUGAAAACGGACCCAAGGCUCCUCUUUGGGAAGAGAUCUCGGCCAAGAUGAGGAAGCUCGGAUUCAAUCGGAGCGCCAAGAGAUGCAAAGAGAAAUGGGAAAACAUCAACAAAUACUUCAAGAAAGUUAAAGAAAGCAACAAGAGGAGGCCCGACGAUUCCAAGACUUGCCCAUAUUUUCACCAGCUGGACGCCAUUUACAAAGAGAAAAAUAGCAGAACCGAGAAUUCAGCACUUGCUUUUUCUGGCUAUGGCGAUAAGCUUGACAGUUCAGUUGCGCCGUUAAUGGUACGACCGGAGCAGCAAUGGCCUCCGCCGCAGCAAGAAAUUAGCCAGGCGGCAACCAUGGAAGAAACUGAGAAGGAAGAAAAUGAUGAUGAAGAAGAUGACGAAGAGGAAUACAAAGGGUAUGAUUUUGAGUUACCUCUGCACAGUGAGACAACAGAUCAAGUCAACCAUUGAUAAGAUGGUUUCGCUAAAUACUAUAUUUACUGUCGUAAAAGAACAGAAGAUUAUUUUCAGAAACACUGAUUUCUAUCCUUGGCAAAGAAGUGAGUCAGAUUGAGUAGAAGAUAGUGCGAUGAAAUAUGGAUUAACAGUCAUGCACAUGGGGUGUAGUCUUAUU